UUUUUCUUUUGGCUACAUUGGAUCAUGGUGUAAUAAUUUUGAACACUCUGUGUUCCAAUACUAAUGACAGAUGUCCUUUACUGAGCGCGUUCUCUUUUCAUUUAGGUGUUAAGUUUACAGCUAAAAGUUAAAAUGAAAAUCGGACUCUGCGCCUACAGUGGGUAUAAAAUUUACCCUGGCCAUGGUAAAACCUUGGUUAAGGUAGAUGGAAAGAAUUACACAUUCUUGAACUCAAAAUGUGAGAGGGCUCAUUUGAUGAGGAGGAAUCCAAGGAAAGUAACAUGGACCAUCCUCUACAGAAGGAAACAUAAGAAGGGUCAAGAGGAGGAAACUACCAAAAAACGUACCAGGAGGACUCAAAAAUUCCAAAGGGCUAUUGUAGGAGCUUCUUUGAAUGACAUUAUGGCUAGGAGAAAUCAAAGGCCUGAAGUGAGGCAAGCUCAGAGAGAACAAGCCAUCAGGGCUGCCAAAGAGCAGAAGAAGAGCCAAAAGGCUACCAAGAAGGCUGCCGCUCCACCUAAACCCAAAGCUGCACCUAAACAGAAAGCAGCCAAGAAUGUAGCAAAGGCUGCACCUCGUGUUGGAGGCAAACGUUAAUUUAAGAUCCUUAAAUAAAAUCUUGUGUU